AUGGCGGCAGGCGGCGAGACGGAGCGCAGGCGCGGGCCGCGACGGCGAGGGGAACACGGGCGCAGCAGCGAUGGUGCGGCGAAUCACGGCCACGACCGCGACGACGAGGCGGACCGCAGGCCUGGCAUCGACGGCGAGGCAAACCGCGGGCGCAGCCGCGACGGCGUGGCGGACCGCGGGCGAGGCCGCGACGGCGACCUGAGCGCGGCCGGGAGCGGCGACCUGAGCACGGUUGCGAGCCUCCUCCGGGAGCGCUGGGCAGGGAUGCAAGAGACGAUGGAGACAGGCAGGAGAGAAGAGACGCUGGGUCGUCUCGGUGAAGAAGAUAAGGAGAGAGAAGAUACUGGUAGGAAAAAGAAAAGAAAAGAAAAAUAA